ACGCCGUACGAGGAUUUCAAAGCGGCAGUACUCUCUCGAUAUUCCCUUACGGCGGAGGAACGAGUCGAAGCCGCCCUUUCUUAUGAUGUCGACGACAUCCGAUCUGGAUAUCAGCGCCUAAAAUCCCUACUGGACAAGUCGAGGAUCCCGGACCUUCAUGGCUCGCUCAUCAAGGAGUUGUUGCUGCGCUCCCUCAAUGAUUCCCAGCGCACAACCGCCCGGGCCUUCCACUCACUCAACACCGACGACUUUGUCAAGGCCAUCGAUGACAUCCGGCGCCGCGCAUCAGGCCAGAAACCGGCAGGAGCGGCCAUUACGGCAAUCAGCGACACGUCGAUCUCGUCAUCGCCCAAGAAUAAAAUAUGCCGCUUGCAUUUUAAGUUUGGCGUCAAGGCCAACCGAUGCGAACGCCCAAAGUCUUGCCCUUUUGGCAGCAAGAACACGAUGCCAGCUGCACCGCCAGCAUCAAACUAG